AUGUUUUUAACAACGGUAUUAUUCCGAAAGAGAAUUCCUGGAAAGCAAUGGAUUGGGAAGUACAGGCGACCAAGAGUGGUUACCCUUCCAAUGAAGCAAGCAAUGAUCCGAAGGUUGGAAAUUGAAGCAGAAAAUGAAUAUUGGCUGAGUCAACCUUACCUGACACGGGAACAGGAGUACAAACAUAACACAGAAGAGAGACGUGCAAGAUGGGAGGCUUUAAAAAGCCGGAUGAGAGCCAAGUUGCCUGAGCACAGAUACAUCAGUGAUCACUUAAACCACUUAAAUGUGACAAGAAAGUGGACAGCUUGA